AUUCAAUCGCAGUCGCCCUGCUUACACUGCGCCAACGCAACCAGCUCUUCCUGACCAUAAAUUUCCUCCUUCGUUCCCACAACUUCCAUCCCUCCCUUUCAUCACAUCCGUCCGCCUCCGACCUCUUUACACACCUCCCCACUCCUCCAAUCGUGUGAAGCGUUCCUGGCGACAACGAUACUUCACUGCUAUCACCACUAAGCAGCUCAACGCAGCAACAAGUUGGGCUCCCGCCACCACUCGCCCAAGCAACAAAGCUUCACAGCUAUACGAAAAGCACAAGAUGGUUUGCAAAUACACAUACAUAGGCGAUGCUCCUCUCCCCCCGGGAGGAGGAACAGACAAGUUCAAUCCGGCCACUGCCAUAACCUCCGAGAGAGUCUGCCGCACCGUCCCUCUGGUUGAUUGCCAGAUUCUCGACCAGCAACUGUUCCCGAGCCACAGCAAGAACUCCUUGCGAUUAGCCUACUUUACUCAUCCUCAGUUCCUAUCUUUGUGCUUCCCCAUGACCCUAGAGUCAAACAAGUACAAGAUCUCCUGCCCGGCCACUCUGUGCCGUAUCGAGCGCGAUGAGGAGCGACUCCGAGUUUCCAUGAAGCUGGCCGAUUGCCAGUUUUCCGUCGCCGGUCCGGAGGCGACAUCAAGCUACUCCGAUUCUCCGCAACUCGAGCAAUGGGUCCUGAAGACCACCAUUCACAAGGGAGGAGAGCUCCAUAUGAUUUGCAAAGUCUUGGGAAACGCCUUUGACGAGGAGGGCUCGGGAGCAAGGCUCGCCCAUCAAUUCGCCGAGCAUGUCGUUCACGCCAGCUCUGCUCCUCCUCCACCCUAUCCUUCUGUCCCGAGGAAUAGAUGUCAGCAUCCGAGGGGUCGCGGUGGAGAUCUGGGUUACAGAGGAGGUGGUGGAGGAGGAGGCCGUGGUGGAGCUCGUGGUGGUGGUAAAGGCGGUGGUGGUGCUCGCUGGAGCGAUAAUACCUACGGCAACGGUAGCGCCGGAAGCCCCGAUCCUCACGAUCGCAGGUACAUGACCGGCGGCUGGGAGACGACGAAGGAGAACCCUAUGUCUUUCGGCGCUUUGAAGACCAACACCGAUAAAGACGGAAGGUCUCGAUCCCCCAACCAGGAUGACAAGCACCACCACCACCAGUUCGUCGACGCCGAGGAGGAUGACCAAUACCCCCACCAAUACCCGUACCGUGGUGGCGGAGACGGAGUGAAUCGAGUGCUGGUUCGCGGAAAGUGGUAAACACAACGCAACUGCGGCACUCUGUACGGGCUUUCCUUGCUUUGGGUUGUUUUCUUUUCUCUGGGCGUCUGGGCGGUUGGCAUUCCCUUUUUCAUUCUUUCUUCAUGGCCUGACGUGGCACUGGGGGUUCAAUUUCCUUUCCAUUUUCCACAUUCUCGUCAUCUCGGUCCUUCUUCACACCAUUUGGUGACUACAUCCUACUACCUCUAUACUAAAAGUUCUUGGGCUCACAUCUGAUAAUUCUUUUUUACGCGAGUGCUGCAUAAUGAUGUGUAAAAUACAUAAUUGCGUUGUGACUUUCAAUGUUUCCUUAGGGACAAAUGUAUCUAAUUCAUUCAUUCUCUUCCACGCUUUUGAUAACCC